CCGGAAGUUGCCUUACGUUUCGCUCUCGGGAGUCGCACCUCCGUGACGUCAUAUGAAGGCGCCGCUCUUUCCUUGCUGCCCUCGUGUUUCCGUGGAUUGGGGAGUUUGCCAGCCAUGGGGAAAGUCAAGCGGAAAAACACCUUCCAGUACAACGUGAAUAGGAAGAAUCUCAAACGGAAAUUAAAAAGGAAAUCCGCACCUCGUAUCGAUUGUGAACAGAUCAGACAUGCCUGGGAUGACUCCAGAUCUGUGGGUACUAAUUUGGCAGAAAUGGGUCUGGCUGGUGACCCCAACAAAGUCAUUCCAAUUAAAAAAACACAGGUGAAAGACACAGAUGUUGGACAGAGCAAGCCCAUUCACAAGCCAUAUGUUAUAGCGGGUCUCGAAGCUGCAGCCAGUUUACCAUCAAAGAAGACCAUGGGAAUAUCUUCAGACAUGGUUUAUUAUGUCCGUCACAUGGUGGAAAACUAUGGAGAAGACUACAAGGCAAUGGCCCGAGAUGAGAAGAAUUAUUACCAAGAUACACCCAAACAGAUCAAGAGGAAAGUCAAUCUGUAUAAACAGCACCAUCUCAAGGAUUAUGAGGCUCUUCUUUCUUCUGUAAAGAAAGUUUAGACCUAUCACACAAGGACUCUUAACUGCUUGUGGGCCCAUAAUCAUGUCAUGGAUGGCAAAGUUGGCAUCUGGAAGCAUUAAGAUUAUCCUGUUGCCAUGUGCAUCUCGUACAAGGAGUUAUAAUACCAAAUCAGCAGAAGUGAAUUGUGAAGAAGAUAGACCGACUCAUUCCAACUCUGGAACCACAUAGCAACUUGUAAUGGAGAGGAAAGCACAGUUCUCUUUGGAAUGGGUUGUCUGUAGCAGCUUCCAGUGUACCAGUCCCAGGACUAUAAUGCCACUUUGGUGCAAACGUGACCUAACUCUAGUUCACGUCACUGUAAACUUAAUUGAACACAAUAGUAAACAAAACAUAUU